AUUACCAACCAGGCAUCUCCUUGGCACUAUUUUGUGUUUCUCCUCUCCUCAACGCUCGACAGUCGACACUGAUGGCGAUGGAUAUCCUGCGUUCACCUGUCUCCGCCGUCCGAUUAUUUAACGGUGGCGCAACUCGUAGUCGUCGCUUCAACGUAAGGGCGACCCUGCCAUUUCCGCAGCAAAACGCAAAGCAUUACAAAGAGCUUCAAGCCGCUAUUGACGUUGUUCAGAGGGCUUGCCGUCUCUGUCUUAAUGUCAAAUCAUCCUUGUUCUCAACUGAUGGAAAGGUUCUUGAGAAAAAUGACCAGACUCCUGUUACUGUGGCAGAUUUUGGAGUUCAAGCACUCAUAAGUUUCGAGUUAAAUAAGCUGUUCCCUUCUAUACCUUUGGUGGCUGAAGAGGACUCUGCUUUCUUGCGAACAAGAAACUUGGCAGGUACUGUGCUUGAUGCAGUAACUGAUACAGCUAGCUCCACUUGUAAACCAUUGACACAAGAUGAUGUACUCGAAGCAAUUGAUAGAGGGGGCAAGGAUGCUUUCGUAUUUGGAUCAAAGCCGGCCACAUAUUGGGUGCUUGACCCAAUUGAUGGCACACGUGGUUUUCUAAAGGCUGGCAAAGCCUUAUAUGUGGUUGGUUUGGCUCUUGUGGUUGAAGGAGAGAUUGUAAUUGGUGUUAUGGGCUGCCCUAACUGGGAGGAAGAUUUAUCUGAGAAAUCCUCUGUUGAGAUUGAGGAGGGUUGGGAUUCUCUUGGUGGAUCAGGAACUGUAAUGAUUGCUCAUAAAGGCUGUGGAACAUGGAUGAAAAGUUUGAAUAGCCAACUCAAAUCAUCUGGUGUAUGGACCAGAUGUUUUGUUGAUGGAUCUGACAUAAUACAUAAAGCACGCUUCUGUAUUCCAGAUAGUCAAACAUGGGAAUCACUGCCCCUGACUUCUUUAUUUAAUGCCACAAGCAAUGCUGACAAUGUAGGGAGCAACCAAAUUCUUCUUUUGGGGGCAUGUUGUGGAAGUUUAUGCAAGUAUUUGAUGGUGGCCUCUGGUAGAGCAUCUAUUUUCAUUCUCCGAGCAAAAGAGAAGACUAUUAUAAAGGCAUGGGACCAUGCUGUUGGCAUUAUAUGUGUUCAUGAAGCUGGUGGGAAGGUAACAGACUGGAAAGGCAGCGACAUAGAUCUUGCAGCGGAUCAUGUUGGCCGGCGGAUUAUAUUUCCCUCUGGCGGUGUCCUUGUUGCCAACGGCAAUUUACAUAAUAAGAUUUUGCAGAUUAUCAAUCAGACUUCAAGAGUUUGAUGUUCGGGGAAUUGCUCAUUCAUCCUCAUUAUUUUGUGAAAUGAUUUGUACCUUUUGAUUAAUUUUGUUUAACCUUUGUCACAUGUAUUCUUAAAUUUUCAUUUAUAUGAAAUAUAAUUGAUAUCCGCCAUUUUGUAGCAACAUCAAA